AUGGGGAUGGAGAUACAGGAGUUGAAAGCCCAAUUUAAGAGAGUGCUAGGCGAUCCGACGGAAAAGAAAACGAAAGCGGAGCCCUUUCGUUUGCGACGGAGGAGCUCAUCCAGAGAGCUACCAGUGAAGAAGUUCCCUAAGAAUGAGUCUAGACAACAAAGCCAGCAUAUCCCAAUACAGAGUGAGGCAAUCCAUGGCUGGAAGCAGCUCUCCGAAGAGUUCUUAGCCAGGUUCGUCUCUAACACUAAGAUCCCGAAGGAGUCGGAUACACUGUUCGGUCUCCGAAAUGAGCAGGAGGAAACGCUGCGUAAUUAUGCUAGGAGGUACUGGGAAGAGUACAAUGACCUGGAGGAAAAUGUGUGCAGCGAGCAGGUGGCCGUUAUGUCCUUCAAACAUGGUCUGUGCUCGGAAAGUACGCUGAGACAAUCACUUACCAAACGCCCGACCACAGCUUUGAAAGAUUUGCGUGCCAGGAUUGAGCAGUACGCUUGCCUCGAAGACGAUCAGAUCCCCAUCGAGGUAGCGUCAGCAGAACAAAUAGCUCGGCACAAGAAGAGAGCAGAUCGAGGAGAACACCGAGGGAUUGCAGUGAAUGAAGUGGAUAAGUCCAAAUCCCACGAAGCCGUUGUGACUGUAUUCAAAGAGCCAAUCUAUCGAAUCCUGGAAAAGAUCAAGAGAGAGCCAUUCUUUGUUUGGUCGCCGAAGAUGUUGGGAGAUCCGGCUCGGUGCAAUUAG